AUGCAGAUAUUGGUGAAUGAGAUUAUUCAACAACAAAGAGAAUCGUUCAAUACUCAUGGUCGUACCGAGUUAACUGCAACUGUGCAACAGAGCUUACAACAACAAGAACAAACUCAAAAGAGUCAAAAAUUAGAAGUCGUAACUGGUACAAUUCCAACAGUUAAAAGACAUGUGCAAAAAGUGGAAGACCUUGUUCAGCAAGUUGAAACAAACAACAAUGAAGUUGCAGACCAAGCAACCGAAGGUCAGACAAAGAAUUCUGCCGGACAUGCUCAAUCCUUUAAGCAUGUUGUAGAUAUGAUUUGUACUUUUCCUAUACAAAUCAACUAUUUGGAUCUCAAAUUGAGUUGCCUGCCGGUCCCAAUUCAACCGGUAUCAUUGCCACCACCGCCACCGCAACCUCCACCACAACCAUCACCCUGCCUUACAAGGUUUUUAAUACAACCUUGGGUCAAUUUCAGUGCUAACCACACCAAUCAUACACAACACUACACCAAACAAACAUCACGAUCGCCAAUCCCGGCAUCAGUCAGACAAAUUUUCUUUUCACCACGACCACCCAAACCCCCAUCCUUCCCAAGCUACGAAGACAUUUUGCGAGCCCGACCCAGCACACCAUCCCACCCAAUUCAUUCACCUUAUCCAACCCAUCGCACCACCAUAGCACCCACCCUGCGAAACCCACCACGACCCAUCGACCCAUCCUAUCCAAUCCACCCAUUCAUCCCAUCAGAUGCACCCAUCAGACGCGCCAAGCCACACCGCGACCCAUGA